AUGGAUUCUGAAUCAAAGAACAGUUUCAUAGGAAGCUUUCUUCAGCCACCAGAUAAGAUGCUUCCUGCAGCCUUUGCUUAUAUAGAAUCAAAGAAGUUGGCAGCUGUUUGUCGUGACAGGCCUUCUAUCCCCAAUAACCAAGCUGUGGUGGCAGCCCUGAAAACUCUUCAAGAAAAGAUCCGCCGUCUAGAGUUGGAGAAGUCACAGGCUGAAGAUAAUCUGUGCAGCCUCUCCAUAGCAGCUGCUCAGUAUAAGAAGGCCUUAGAGCAUGAAUCCUACAAAAAGGGCACAGCACAUCAAGAACUGAUGCAACAGAGGAAAGAUAUAAGUGUGCAGUUAAAUGCAGCACAAUCCCGCUGCUCCCUGCUGGAGAAACAGCUGGAUUACAUGAGGGAAAUGGUUUCCAGUGCAGAACUGGAAAAGAAAAUGGUUUUAGAACAACAGAAGGAGGAAGAUCAGAACCGGUUGGAACUGCAUGCAAAACUUGAAAAGCUUGAAAUGCUAGAAAAAGAGUGUCUUAAACUUACUGCUACGCAGAGAAUUGCAGAAGACAAGAUCAAACACUUAGAAGAAAAGCUGUGUAAAGAAGAGCAUCAGCGUAAGCUAACACAAGACAAAACUGCUCAGCUUCAAAGAGGAUUUGAGAUAAACAGAAUUUUGAUGUCUUCAGCAACAUCUCCAAAUGAACCUAAAAAGGAAAAUGGGAAGAAGAAAAAACCUAAGAAGAGAAAUCCUACAAUGAAGAAAAUGCAUCUUUCACAAUUACAUGUAAAGGCUGGUGAACUACCUUUCGUGGCUGGGAAGUCUGUCGGUUCCAGCCAUUCUGUUAGCGCAAACGUACAAAGUGUGUUGCAUAUUAUGAAGCAUCGCAAUCCACAUAUCUCAUCACGAAUCCAAGGAGGAGCUACAUCUGGGAUUUCAGGACGCAGCGCACUUUCAAAAUCUGUAUCCUCUUGCUCCACAUCACCUGCUGCCUCCAGAAGUCUUUCGGACCUUCUGUUGGCCAUACAAGAUGAACUGGGCCAAAUGAGCUUUGAGCAUCAAGAACUUCUGAAGCAGAUACAGGAGACUCAAGACUCCAAAGUUCGUGAAGACCUAGAACGGGAGCUGGAUUGCCUUGUAAAACAAAUGGAGAUUAAAGGAGAACAAAUAUCCAAGCUGAAAAAGCAUCAGGCUACUGUGCAGAAGUUAAAGAGAAAAACUCAGAAACUGAAGCAAGGGGCAGCUCAUGUCAAACUAAAGUGUGGCGACCAAAAGGAAGCAAAGGAGUUUGCAGUCACUGUAAGGGAAAAUAUGUCUAAAUCUUGUCCUGGGCAGAAAAGCAGAAGCUCUCUUCAGCUGCUAAAAAAUGUGCGGAAACUUCAGUCAACACUGAAAAAAGAUGAUAUCAUGUGGGAACAACAGUUCUGA